UAUAUAUGUAUUUGCUGUAUAUAGGUAUACGCUAUGUAUUAUUUGUAUGCUGUAUAUAAAUAUGGCCGUGUUAACUCGCCUGUAAAAUAAUAUUGUGAGUUCAAAUCAAAGCCAAGUUUGGAUUUCACUCAGCCCAUCAUCCUUCCGGGGUAGAUAAAACGAGUGCCACUUGAUGGGGAAGUCAAGAGUGGUUGUCUGAUGGAGACACUGGCCCCUGCCAUAGGAACGCGGAAUAUUCGACCACUGGCAUUGCCAUUCGACGCGGAGAUGAAAAUCUUAGCAGCGUGAGCCCGUGCAGAGCUGAAACGUCACCCCGUGUUCCAGAAAACAGACUUCGUUCGAUAAAGCCGUGCAGAGCCUCAACACGAACUCGGUAAUUACGUCUCUCCCGUUUACGUUGAUUCACAAAGACGUCGUCACUUCAUGAAUGCCGCUACCUAAUUUGCGUCGCUUCCACCCACACCUAUCAGCUCCGACCGUUACGUCUGGAAGGCGAACACGAAAUGCGGCUGUGUAGUCAGGUUACAGAGAAGUGGUCAACACAAGGGGUAUAUCGGAUCAAUUGCUUAUGCGGUAAAUGCUAUAUUGGUCAGACGGGAUGUAACAUCAGCGUAAGACUAAAAGAACACCAAAGGAACAUUACAUUCUCACAAACACAGCUGUCAGCAGUGGCAGAGCAUGCUUGCCAACAAGGACAUUCAAUUGCUUUUGAUAACGUUGAAGUGUUAUGCAAAACUAAUUAUUACUGGCCAAGACUAAUUAGAGAAUCAAUAGAAAUUGAGAAGAAUACAAAUAAUUUCAGCCGCUGUGAUAGCGACAGACUCCGCGCAGCCUGGAAGCGUAUUCUGAAGUGUUACACAACACAUAUUGCAAUUGCUUAGAGGAGUCACGUGCUAAGUGACAGAUUACUGAUCUAUUACACAAUUGCAAUAACCCGCCCACCUCUGCGUCUGAUCUUGCACCUUGGUGGGGUUCAACAACGACGAUGAUGUCACCCUGCUGCUCUAUGUAAGACCGGGAGCAGGUGGGUGGCUUCGCUAUGCUGGCAGAUCGUCCGAAGACGCUGGUUGAUGUAAUUACCAGCGAAACGUCACAGUACUCAAAUUCUAAUUGUCGUGGAUUCACUCCUCAACACACCGGCGGGCUGAAGAAGUAUCUAAUUGGCGUUUUGUCAACGUGACACAUUGUUUACUGAUUGCCCGUGUCGGGUGGUGGAGGGUUGCAACACAUUAUAAUAACGCGAUCUCACCCAAAAAUCUUUAUUAUGAAUAGUAGUGGUCGCGAAAGCCGCUUACGUGUUAAACAGGCCACAGAGAUGAUGCGUUUCGCAGUGUGUAGCCCUCACUCUGUGCUGAGUCGAUCCCUCGCGUGCACAGGGUUCCCCUCGUUGCUACGGAACGUUCUGUAUUAUGAAAGGAAAUCGCGUGUCUCAAAGUGUUGCAGAAUUUCCUGUCCCGCUUGAACGAUGGGUGAUAUCCACGAGGAAAUCAGGGAAAUCCUCAACAACCUCAAGGGCCUGGAGAGCUUCGCGUGCGACGACUGCAUGGAGCUGAUGAAGAAGCUCUGCAGCGUCUACUGGGAGCACGAGGAGUCGCGGGGGGUCAUCUGCGAGGUGUUGACCGAUGAGAACUCUGAAGAGAUCUUCAUGAAGGCCCUGACGGAGCUGUCGGGCAAGGGCCUCAUGAAGGACAACUCCGUGUGGUUCCCUGCCUACUACGUCCUCAACGCCGUCUGGAACUUCAGCGACGCCAGCCUGCAGCUCGCAAAGGCCCUGGGCAAGGUCGGCCUCAUCAAGUACCUGCUCACCAUCCUGAAACACGAGCCCUACCGCGAGCGCUUCAAACAACAGAACGUGCACUACCUGCUCAAGGCGUCGCUCAGCAUCCUGCACAACGUGGCCAAGGCGCCGGCCAACCGGCAGCUGUUCCGCAGCGAGAACGCCAUGGAGACCGUCAUCCCCUAUAUGAGCAUCAAGGACAACUUCCUCAAGGUGGUGGCCAUCAUGCUGCUGGGCUACAUCAUCGACGAGAGCGAGGCCGAGCUCAUCAUGGACAAGUCGAAUGCCAUCAGCAUCAUGGUUGGGAUGCUGAACAAGGCGAUCGAAAACGGCCGCUACAAGGGCUUCACGGCGGAGGAGCUCACGGAGGCCCUGUCUCUCAUCGCCACCUCUGAGAAGAACAAGCAAAAGAUCCACGACGAGGGCGCCGUGCCCAUCAUGGUGCAGCUCAUGAGGUCGGGCAAGAGCAAGGAGCAGCGCUUCGCCGCAAAGGUGGUCUGGCAGAUUUCCUUCGACGAGGAGAUCCGCACCGUCCUGCAGAAGGACGAGGAGCUCCUGCAGCAGCUGGAGGAGCUGUCGAGCUCCCAAGACAAGGACGUCGCCACCGUGGCUGAGGGCGCGCUGUGGGUCAUCAACAACAAGGGCAGCGAGAAGUCCCGGCAAAACCAGGCCGUCAAGGACGGGGGCGUCUGCACGAACCACAUCAUGAUCAGCUAUCAGUGGGACUACCAGGACGUGCUCAUCCAAGUGAAAGAUAGACUCAAGAGCCAGGGCUUCCGCGUGUGGAUGGACGUGGAGCAAAUGGAGGGCUCCACACUGCAGGCCAUGGCGGAGGCCGUGGAGAACGCCGCCGUGGUGCUCGUCUGCUGCUCCCAGAAGUACAAGGAGAGCCCCAGCUGCCGCACCGAGGCAGAGUACACGUUCCAGCUGCACAAGCCGGUCAUUCCUCUCAUGAUGGAGCGCAAAUACCGGCCCGACGGCUGGCUGGGCAUCAUCGUCGGUGCCAAGCUGUGGAUGGACUUUGGCACCAAGACCAACUUUGAGCAGAACUUCAACAAACUCGUCAAGGAGCUACACGGGCGCGGGCGUGACAGCGAAGGCGACACCAUGGACGGCCCUGUGAAGUCCACGGCCUCCUCCUCGCUCUCGGCCACGCUCGGCCAGCCCAGGGGCGCUUCCGCCGAAAAGCUGCAGGCGUGGGGGCCCAGCGACGUGGCGCGCUGGCUCACAGAGAGCGGCCUGGAGAGCUGCCUGGCUCUCUUCAGCAGCUACGACGGCCGCCUGCUGCUCCGGCUGCUGGAAAUCCGCAAAGAGUCUCCUGAAUUCUUCUUCCGGAGCCUCAAGAGGGACAUGGGUUUCAGCUCGAUGCGCGAGAUUCUGAUCUUUGUGGAUGCCGUGGAGAAACUGGAGCUCUGAAGAGCGCAGGAGAGAGAGAGACGCGUUGGGGACGAGGGCUCAGAAUCCCGCCGGAGAGGAUGUCGGGCUGGCGGCACGUUCACGUAGCUCUCGUCACUUUACCGCACGUGCACAAUCCAAUCAUUGUUGUCCACACAGGAACAAAUCUGAACCGAUUACGUUCACUCUGAAGAGAAUGAUUUAGAGGCGCGCACAUGGGCGGAGUUUGUGGGGGGGGGGGGGGCACGGUUGGGCAACGCCCCGUAUAAAUUGGGCACCUUUAUUGAUUUAUUUUUAGUAGUUUACAAUUAAGAUUACAAAUAAAAAAAUUAAUUAUAUGCACCCGCGCUUUCUAAUGUGAGGGACAAAGCAAACCCCUGUCCGGUCCAAAUAUAGAAGUCAAACUCCGCCUAUGGACUUGAGAAAACACACAAGUGCUUGGGAAGGCAGCCAAAACUGGUGCCAACACACCUUGCCCACGGGCUGUGGCCCUAUAUUGGGACGUGUGGCCAUCUCCAUUCGGAAGUUUUUCUGUAUUUUAGUGUCAAAAAUUACAACCGUGUCAUCACUUUAACCGAGGAGUCUUCGCUAUAUUGAUUGGUACGCAAGAUGGAACGCCUCUUCCGUGGUGAUAAACACCACAAGGUUUAGGUCCACUCCACCUUUUCAGCAGAAACAAUGGGCGUCCUCUUAACUGCGAUUACUAAAUCGCCGCAUCGCCAUCAUCGAGACUCCGAUCAUAGGGGUGUGAUGAUGAUGAUGACGACAAAUUCCGGGCCGACGGUGGUGCUGGAGAGGGUUGCAUCCCACCGAUGUACCCAGG